AUGUCUGAGUCUCCCAAGUCCGACAAGUACCCGGGCUUGACCCGGUACAGUACGCCCGUCCCUGAGCUGGACGAUCAUCGCUUCCACCUGGAUUCGGUCCCGCGCUUCGAGGCCCCGGGAGACGCCACACUAAGCCGACAGAACACCGUUCACCAGGGGCCGAACGGAGAUACCCUGGACCGUGCAGAUCUGCUCCACGUGCAGGACGCCCUUCGGGAGGCGGGACCCGUCUACCGAGACUUUGAGCAAGCGAUUGUGGACGACGAUCAGUCCGUCAAUGAUGUCAAUGGAAUGGUGCGGCGUUUUUCGGCCACCCCUCGCCGGAUCAGCCGGGGCCAGCAAGAGCGCCCGGGGACCAUCUCGCGCAAGUCAUCCGUCUCGGCUCGAUCAUCCUCUCCACCCAACUCGGUGGACGCUUUCGCGGACCCGCGUCGUCGGGAGCGAGCAAACACCUUGGAUAGCCAUGUCGAUCUUGACCUGGAAGCCCUUCUGCACCGCACCGUCUCCGGCGGCACGCAGGCUCGCCGCCCGACCUUCAGUAAUGCGAGCGUGGUUCGUCCCCAGCCCGGAGAUAUUCCGUUAGACCCCAAUGAAGAGGCGUGCUACGACCAGCCUGGCCGAAUUCCCGUGAUUGACUACGAGGAGCUGGAGGAAUUCGUGGCCCUCAGCCAGAACACCAAGCCUACUGGCGAUCGUCGCAAGCACAGUUUCAGCUCUCAGAGCAAGAAGCCUCGCAUUUUCCAUGACCUUCGCCCGGGUGCCAAAGACACCAAUGAUGUCAGCCCUUCCGAUUCGUCUGAUUGCUGUGUUCUUGAAUCCGAGAAGCCCUGCAAGGCUUUCGACGACAAGGGGCUGGUAGAGACCUUUCAAAACACGAAUGAGCCUCGGUUUGGGUUCUUCUCAUCUGAGUCGCAGACCACGGUGCAUGCGGCAGAACUAGGAGAUCUGGUGCUCCCCGGUGAUAGCUUCCGGGAUUUGUUUCAAUUGGGACCCGAAGGUGGUGUCUGGUGGCUUGAUGUUAUCAACCCAACCGAGGAGGAACUGGGCGCCAUCUCUCGAGCCUUCUCUAUUCACCCGCUGACAACGGAGGAUAUUUUGACUCAAGAAGCCCGCGAGAAGGUCGAGCUCUUCAAGCAGUACUACUUUGUUUGCUUCCGCACUUUCUACCAAGUGGACAAGAACAGCGAGGAUUUUUUGGAGCCUGUCAACUUUUACAUGGUGGUUUUUCGGGACGGCGUUUUGACCUUCUCCUUUGUUGAGAAUCCUCACGCCGCCAAUGUCCGAAAACGUAUUGGAAAACUGCGUGAUUAUAUGGCUCUCAGCAGCGACUGGAUCUGUUACGCGAUGAUCGACGACAUUGUCGACAGUUUCGGUCCGGUUAUUCACGACGUGGAGGUGGAAUCCGAGGCGAUUGAGGACUAUGUGUUCAUCGCCCGAGUGGACGAUUUCGAGUCCUUCCUCCCUCGCAUCGGUGGUCUCCGCAAAAAAGUUAUGACUCUGAUGCGCUUACUGGGCGGCAAGGCGGACGUCAUCCGCGGAUUCUCGAAGCGCUGCAAUGAGCAGUACUCGGUGACACCACGCGGCGACAUCGGGUUGUAUUUGGGCGAUAUCCAGGAUCACGUCGUGACCAUGAUGUCGAACCUGGGGCACUUUGAGAAGAUGCUCAGUCGGUCGCAUACCAACUACUUGGCCCAGUUGAAUGUUACCAACCUGGUGCUGGGCAACCAUGUCAACAAGGUGCUCAGCAAGGUCACGCUGAUUGCCACGAUUCUAGUUCCGCUGAACUUGAUCUGCGGUCUCUUUGGCAUGAACGUCCCCGUGCCGGGAAAGGACUCGGAAGGACUCGGCUGGUUCUUUGGGAUCAUCGGGGUGAUUGGUGGGGUGGUCGUCGUCAGCAUGGCUGCUGCUCGUGGUCUCUACCUCUCCUACUACCCCUAUGCGCGCCGUGCGCCCGACUCCCCCAUCUUACCUUCCAUGCGACUACAACCCACAUCCCUGCAGUGCUCGCUAGCUGCAAUCGCCUACGCCUUUGUCUUUCUUACCCCCCUCGUCCAUGCUGCAGCGGACGAGAGCAGUCCCGAUAUCUAUGGGACGAUCAUCGGCGAAGGCGCCGGCUUCCCGGUAGCCCUGGACUCCUUUAACGGGCUGGAACUGCGGGACGUGGACGCAGAGGACGAAUCCAAUGGGCUCGAUCUGGUGAAAAGAUAUCCGUCAGAUGCUAUCUCGAUGGCAAACAAUAAUUUCCAUACCAGCUUGAUCGAAGUCGGCCAGAUCCAGUGGUGGUAUUUCCCCAAAAACGUCGUUCAUGGCGAGAAGGCUGGGCCGAGCAAGGGGUUUCCGCCCUUUGCUACUCGAGAUUUGGACGAUCAGUUGGACGAAGAGGCACGCAGUGAGCUACGGAAGCGAGCCGAUGAUAAUAGCCAAGUGCCCGUUUAUAUGUCGUUGACGACGUGCCAAGCACCCUCCACCAACAAGACCGAUGCCAAACCCUUUGACCAACUCGAGGUGUAUGUGUCGUUGUCGGAUAAGCUUCAAAAGCCUGGUCCAGAGCAUGAGGGCAACCCGUUGCAGAACAUGACCCGCGCGUCUGGCGGGUACUGGAGCCAAGAGGUGCAGGCCGAGGGCGACAUAUUCGUCGCGGUCGUAGCGCCCAACUCGACCGAAUACUCCGGGGAAUACGAAUACCAGAUCGCCGUGUCGAUCGAUGCAUAUUUCCACGCCGUCAACGAGGAUGACCCCUUUCUGUUCUUCAUCGACGCAGAUAUGCAUGCCGCGCUGCUGGUCACGAACAACCUGACGGAAACCGACCCGGACUCGGCGACGUACCAGGAGUGGAUGGAUCUCGCGCCGCCUUACACCAUGUUCGCGCAUGGUAUCAACGAUUCCGCACUGGCGGGCCUGGAGCGAUCGUUCUGCGCACUGCAAAAAUAUGCCCCCCAGGUCAGUAAAACUGAGGUGGGCAUGACCAGUCGCGGACUGGGGAAUAAGCCCAAGCAGCAGUUUUAUAUCACGGGACUCAAUCGGAGUUCUGAGUAUUAUGGGGUUCUGGCGAUGGUGGGCAAUUCCACGGCUAGCGGAAAUAAUAUUGUUGGUGGUGGUGGGAAAUUGUGGAAGCCGUUGAACUUUACUACCAAAGCUGAUGACAAUUGCGCGGUUCUCUUCAACCUAACCUUCUGCUCAGAGGUUGCGUACGCCGUACCGUCCAACCCGGAUCUCUCAGUCGAAAGCCUCCGGUCCAUCUACGAUGAUUACGCCGCACAGAUGUACCAGAACUUCAGCUACUCACUGCAGCAAGUCCAAUGCAACACGACGCCCGAAUCCAUGUACUCGCUCGCAGUCGGCUGCUCCAACUGCUCAACCGCCUACAAGCAAUGGCUCUGCAGCGUCAGCAUCCCGCGCUGCGCAGACUUCCAAAGCCAGGAGUGGUACCUUCAAGUGCGGAACGCCGGCCAGGAUUUCAUCAACGGUAGUUCCUUACCUGCGGAUGAUCCCCUCCGGCAUUCAGUUGCAACGAACCGGUCUCGCAAUCCCCUCAUCGACACGGAGAUCAAGCCCGGCCCGUAUAAAGAGAUUCUACCGUGCUCGGAUAUUUGCUACUCGCUUGCCAGGGGUUGUCCUGCUGCGCUGGGAUUCGGGUGUCCAACAGGGAAAUGGCUGAAUGCGUCUUAUGGAUGGCGGGACCCGAGUGGAGAUAUCACUUGCAGUUACCUGGGAGCGGCUUAUUAUCUGAAUAGUUCGCCGAGGAUGCAGAUGUGGCUGGGGGUGUACAUGUUGAGCGGGAUGUGGACGAUUUUCUGGGCGUUUCUCUAG